GUAGGCCGUGGCCAUCAGAGUGUUGUCCCCGCCAGGACCACCCUCCCACCCCCCUAGCAUCGGCAUGUGAGAUGAGAACUUCAGGCUGAGGACCGUGUUCUGGCCUCUCUCCCCAGCUCCCUGCCCCAGUCCACAGCCAUGGCAUCGGCGAUGGCCCAGAAGCUAAGCCACCUCCUGCCUCGCCUGCAGCUGGUUCCCCAGGAGUUGGAGCCAUCCCUGCAGCCGGCGCCUGUCUUCACAGUGAACCGAACCGAGGUGCCCCGCCUCUUCUGGAAGCCCUACAUCUACGUGGGCUACCGGCCGCUGCACCAGACCUGGAGCUUCUACUUCCGCACGCUGUUCCGGCAGCACAACGAGGCGGUGAAUGUGUGGACUCACCUGCUGGCCGCCCUGGGGCUGCUGCUGCGGCUGGCCGUCUUCAUGGGCACCGUGGACUUCUGGGGGGACACGCAUGCCCUGCCCCUCUUCAUCAUCGUCCUCUCCUCCUUCACCUACCUCUCCCUCAGUGCCUUGGCUCACCUCCUGCAGGCCAAGUCCGAGUUCUGGCAUUACAGCUUCUUCUUCUUGGACUACGUGGGGGUGGCUGUCUACCAGUUUGGCAGUGCCCUUGCUCACUUCUACUACGCCAUCGAGCCCGCCUGGCACGAGCAGGUGCAGGCCGUUUUCCUGCCCUUGGCUGCCUUCCUCGCCUGGCUCUCCUGCACUGGGUCCUGCUACAACAAGUACAGCCAGAUGUCAGGCCUGCUGGGCCGCACUUGCCAGGAGAUGCCCUCGGCACUGGCCUAUGCACUGGACAUCAGUCCUGUGGUGCACCGUAUCUUGGUGUCCCCUGCCUCUGCCCUGGACGACCCCGCUCUUCUCUACCACAAGUGCCAGGUGAUCUUCUUCCUGCUGGCUGCCGCGUUCUUCUCGGCCUUUAUGCCGGAACGCUGGUUCCCCGGCAGCUGCCACAUCUUUGGGCAGGGCCACCAAAUCUUCCACGUCUUCCUGGUGCUGUGCACGCUGGCCCAGCUGGAAGCCGUGGCGCUGGACUACGAGACCCGGCGACCCAUCUAUGAGCGUCUGCAUACCCACUGGCCUCAGAACUUCUCCGGCCUCUUCUUGCUCACCGUGGGCAGCAGCGUCCUCACCGCGUUCCUCCUGAGCCAGCUGGUGCGCCGCAGACUCCAGCAGAAGGCCCAGUGAAGCGGGCUGGGGCGCAGCUGCGAGUGAGGGAGGUGUAGGGGUUCAGGGGCUUGGGCUUGGAGCCACAUGGGAACACGGCCUGGUAAAGCUGUUUGUGUCUGGCCCAUGGUGACUCUCUCUGCACACCUCAGCUGCCUGGGAAGUUGGGAUCGGCUGGGACCUGUCCUGGACCUGCCUCAACUCCCUGCUCGGGGAGAGGGGAAUGAGAUGUAGGUGUAGUUGUCAGCUGCCCUGGCCAAUCCCUACACGACUUGUCCUUAGAGGGGAGCUGGGGGCCAGCGUGGGUCAGAACCCUGGCUUGCAGUCUUUCCAGAGGACAUGCUCGGAGGGAAGGUGGGAUUUAGGCCAGACUCAGAUUUGACCUGAGAGGUCAGGGAAUCCUCAACCAGCCCCUCUAGCCAUAUUUCAUUGUAGAUGGGAACAGGUUCAACAUCUUACUGUUGUUUUUGUUUAAUCUUACUGUUCUUUGAGCCGUCACCUGGGGUCAGAGCUCCAGAGAGCCCGGAGGGAGAGGCCUGUGCCAGCCCUCAGUGGGUCCCAUCCCGCGCUGCACACCUCUGUGGCCUAGCCACCAGCUCAUAGGAUGAGCCCCACCUCUUCUACCUCCCACCUCCCGCUCCCAGCUUCUUACCUGGGCCCUUCAUCAGAAUUCCACGAUCCUGAAUGUGAGCGGCCUCUGGCUAGCCCUGGUGAUUCAUGCCAGUUGUUCUAGGGUUUGAUAAAUAAGUGAUGCCCAGGACCUCAGGGUUCUGGGCUGAAAAGGGUGAGUAGGGGUUUGCAAAUGGAGACGAGGAAGGGGCAUUCCAGGCAGCUGGGGAAAACCUGGGCAGAGGCCCAGAGGGAGGCAAUUCAGUGGGACUGAGCCUAGGGGUGGUUUGGAUUCUUAACAUGUUGAAUGCAAUAAAGUGGAUGUAACAGCAA